AUGAAGUCGUCCCUCCUCGUCCUCGUCCUGUCGGCUCUUCUGCUCCUCGCUUCGACGCAAUGCGUCGAGGCACAAACGCUCUUCACCCAACCCUACAUCGUCCCAGGUACAUCUGAGGACCCAGACGUCACCGCAACCGCUGCGAGCGGAGGAGGAGGCGCAGGGGUGGGGUCUGCCCAGCUGUGCUCCCUCUCUUCCAUCAUCGCUUCCCAGACCGGCGGUCCACCCCGUCCCAUCGGUCCCAUCACUUGCAACCCGCCCUCUCCGACCGGCUCCGGCUCUAGCACUACCAGUACGGCCGCCGCCACUUCAUCGACGGGCAGCAGCAGCGGCGGCGGGGCCGGCGGAUCCACCAUGCCCACCUCUUCCGCCAUGGCCUCGACUGCAGCCAUGACGACGACCAUGCCGUCCUCACCGAGCAUGACGGCCUCCGUCAUGCCCUCUGCACCAGCCACGGGACAGAGCAAUGCCGCCUCGGUAAAGACGAAGCCCUCCCGCUCCUUUGGCGCGACGGGGCUCGUCCUGCUCUUCACCACCUUCGCACUCCUCGUCGGCCUCACCUGGUUCCUCGACGAGCUCCUCGUCCUCCUCGUCUGA